AUGAGUUACAAGACCAACUAUGAGCUCUACUCUCGAGGUAGCAUUGACAGCAGACGCUCACCGCCGCCUGAUGAGCUUCUCUCGCCAUUGGCAUCACUCUACCCCCAUGUCACAGCACUGCAGCCCAAAUACGACCCCAACAACUGCACCUUCACCGGUUAUCACCACACGGGAUAUUGGGCUGCAGCCUAUACGACACAGCCUAUCGAGGAGCCUUUCGUGUCCACGCGUCGCAGCACUGGUAAGCACGUGCUCUAUCAUACAUCGGUCGCGUUCAAUGCUUACCGUACUCCAGAUGGCCUCCAAUGCCGAUUUGUCUCUAAGCUGCGCCGACUUCUGAGCCGGGACGACUUAAAGUCCCGACGGGCAUCCCGUGCCACUGCAUAA